AUGGCCCACGAGGGCGCCGGACUUCCCCACCGGCUCGCCAAGAAUCUCGUGCGGUUCGCGCUGGUGCAGGAGCUUCAGAGGGUGGCCAUAAAGCGGUCGGACAUCACUAGCAAAGUCACCAAGGGCGCUCGCUUCAAGAGCGUAUUCACGCUGGCGCAGAAAGACCUCCGCGACGUCUUCGGAAUGGAACUUGCCGAGCUCCCCCGGCGCGACAAGACACGGCUCGCGGCUCGCCGCGCAGCACAGACCGCAGAGAAGACGUCCCAGUCGUUGAAGAGCUACAUCCUCACCUCGACCCUGCCUGCCCCCUACAAGGACCCCGCCAUCAUCGCGCCGCAUGGCUUCAAGGAGCAGACGUACGACGGCUUCGUCACGUUCGUCGUCGCCGUCAUCUAUCUCAACGGCCGCACGCUGUCCGCCCAGCAGCUGGGCCGGUACCUGGCCAGGUUCAAUGCCGACGAGUGGAUGCCGCUCGACCGCACCGAGAAGAUACUGCAGCUCAUGAUGAAGCAGGGCUACAUUAUCCGUGUUAAGGACGAUGGGGGAGAUUCGGAGCAUUUCGAAUACCAUCUGGGCCCGCGCGCGAAGGUGGAGAUCGGCCAGGAGGGUGUGCUGAGCUUGAUCAAGACGGUGUAUGGCGACGAGCAGAUCGAGGAUCUCGAGGCUAAGUUCAAGAGGAAUGUCGGCGUCGACAUGAAGUCAACGACGGAUAUGCAUUUCGACACGCCUCGGGCCGACGCCGACGAUGCUCACAAGAAGAAAAAGAAGAAGCCCAUGCCGACCUCCGACGAGGAUGAAGAAGAGUCGGAAUAG